CGUACUACUGCCUACAUAUAUGCUAUUUUAUGUGGCUUUAUAAGUACGCCUGAAAAGAUACAACACAUACGAAGUGGGCCUAGUAGGUUAUCUCUUUUGACACAUACUACUUAGGCUAAUUGUGGUGUUUUUUUUUUUAAAUUAAGAUUUCAUCCACUGGAUUAGUGUGAGUCAAACAAAAGCUGUGGUGUGUAGAGUGUAGGUGGCAGUGGUUGACUCGUGACACCAUGUGGCAACGCAAAGGGCUUACUGCGGUGACCAUGACAAUAAUGUCUGCUGGGAAAAAUCAGCUGUUCCGUAACACGGGCAAUCUCAGCAAGUGAGUAAGGCAACCAUUUACACAUCCUUUACACAGUUUUCAAAUGGUAAUGUUUUGUUCCAUGAGUGUGUGUUUUGAUUGACGUUCUGUAAACUUGAUUUGUUGGUGAGCGUAUUUGGUUUUGAGAUUGAUUGUGUAGCUGUUGCUAUGUGGUUUGUAUUGGUGGCGUUUUUGGGGUUUGAAAGGUGAUGGUGUUCGGUGUUUUGGUUUAGUUAGUAUGCAGAGAGAGAGAGAGAGAGAGAGAGAGAGAGAGAGAGAGAGAGAGACAGACAGAGAGGGGGAAAGAGAGGAGAGAGAGAGAGAAAGAGAGAGAGAGAGGGAGAGAGAGGAGACAGAGAGAGAGAGAGAGAGAGAGAGAGAGAGGGAGAGAGAGAAGAAAGAGAGAGAGAGAGAGAGAAGGUGUGUGGUGUUUUGUUUGAGAGAGGGUGGAGAGAGAGAGAGAGAGAGAGAGAGAGAGAGAGAGAGAGAGAGACAGACAGAGAGGGGGAAAGAGAGGAGAGAGAGAGAGAAAGAGAGACAGAGAGGGAAAGAGAGGAGACAGAGAGAGAGAGAGAGAGAGAGAGAGAGAGGGAAGGAAAGAGAGGAAACAGAGAGAGAGAGAGAGAGAGAGAGAGAAAGAGAGAGAGAGGAAGGAAGAAUGUACACUGUUGUUGAAUAAAGAACCAUAUGUAGCCUAAUAUUAAUGUUAGUGCUGCUAUUAAUAACACCUACAUUAAACGAAGCACGGAACUACUUAAGCAAUAAGGAGUCCGUAAUAUAACUAGGAAUGUCUCGUGCCCAGUCAGACAUUAAGAAUAGGGUCGAUUUCAGUGAAACGGUAAACGUAAUUUCGGUGAGAAGUGAGCAAACUGUUGCACAUCUUAGAAUGUUGCACGUAGGUAACUACGCUGAAACUAGAUAAUAGUACGUAAGACAAAAAAUUCAAAUUACCAUUAUAUUUAAAUAAUAUGUCUUACUUUUCUGUCCACACUGAUAUAUAAACGAAUUACAUACUGAUAUACCCCUGGACAAAAGUAAACAAGCGGUAAUUGUGGCUUCAAAACACAAUGUUUUAUUUUUAGCCUGUAACACGUAUCUCUGCUGGGGGCCCCGGAAGAGCCCCCAUUUUGCACGUCUCUUCAAUUGAGGUGGGGCGGAAAAGCCCCCAUGAUAGUGUCUCAGCUGGGGUUCCCGACCGAUCCUUUUCAUUCUGAUUCUAGCUAUCGUUGUGUAGGGGUCCAAAACACCGUAGCAGACGUUAUUAAUAACAGUAACAAGCAGAGGCGUAGCGUGGUGGGGGCAGGGGGGGACAGAUGUCCCCGGGCGCAAGCUAGUUAGAGGCGCUAAAAUGUGCUUUGAUAUUAUUUUAUUGAUGAAAAUAAUGGGUUUGAGAGUUGAAAAAAAGAAAAAGGGGCGCUAAAAAUGGAUCUUGUCCCCGGGCGCGAAUCUUGUCCCCGGGCGCCAAACACCCUCGCUACGCCACUGGUAACAAGUAUGGCAGCAAUGUAAGAGUGGAUUGGUUUUCAAAUAUGUUGAUUUGCUUUGCAUUAUAAGAUAUUUUAUAAUAAUACUAUUCCAUUUCCAGAGUUUUAAGAGGCCCUGUCAGUCAGAUCCACGUCUCAAGUGACCACCGCAGACAACCGACCCCAGGCGGUGAUAGUCAACAAGGAGAUGAUGAUGAGAAGGAAAAACAAAGUCGUAGAUAUGAAACGUUGAAGACUGCAGGUGUGAUGGUUGGCGCAGGCGCCGCGGCGAUACUGUUGGUUCCUAUGGGCGUUGCGGCUCUUGGUUUUGGCCCAGGAGGCGUUGCUGCCGGUAGUGUGGCGGCGGCAAUGAUGUCACAUGGCGGGUAAGCUGUUAACUUUAAUGGAGUUCGCAGGGACCUGAUUGGUGAGCGAGGAGGGCUCCUUCCCAUUGUGACUUUAAAACUACCCGGAAAGCUAUGACGUGGAAUCAAAUUUAUUUAAAUGAACUCACACACACAUAUAUAUAUAGUAUGCGCCAAAAAUACAUUAUUAAAAUCCAGCAUCCUGACCACGUCAGGGAGUUUGUCAAAGGUGCAAAGGUCAAAGGAAAUAAUAUGUUUGGACAGUUGUUGGAAUCGGGGCCUCUUGAAGCAGGAAAACGUGUUCAUAGUUGACUUUUAUUUUCACUAAAACAAUGGUGGUUGUGAAGGGGGACCACUUUGAAAACAAGUUUUUAGACCAUUUUAGAGACGCUUAAUAAGACGGCAUGAAGUCACACGGCUAUGCCAUCAAUUGUUACGAGAACGCGCUGUUAGGGAAAGGCACUCGGUCAACGGAGAGGGGGGGGGGAUCACUAUGAUUUAAAACAACAGCAGUACUAUUGCUCUUUUUACACUCUAAUCCAAUUAAAAAUGUCUCCACAGAAUUUUGGUGUAUGUGACCCCUGUUCUUCAGUCAAUCGGAGCAGCAGGGUUAAGUGGCGCCUCAACCAUUAUCACUGGUGUCACGGGGGCAGGGGUGGGACGAGGUGCCAAGAAGGUGUGGCGGCUUGUUAAGGGAAAGAACAAAGAAUAAUUCACACCCACCGCAAAGGGGAGAGAAGCAAGCCAGUAAGAAUCAACAUCACCUUGACAUCACCUUGACAUCACAUUGACAUUACCUUGACAUGACCUUGACAAUAUGGACAUUGAGGUGUAUUUUUUAAAUUAUAAAAAAAUCUUUAAAAUUGUGCUCUAAAAAAAUUUAAUAAUUUUGAGGUAAUAUAAAUAUUUAAACAUUAAAUACCAGUCUUUUUUGUAUGGGUAAUGGGGUCUACAGUGCAAUUUUAUUUUAUCAUCAGAAGCAAACAAAAGGAUUUAGACAGAUUAAUAGAAUGAAUUGUUUGCCUACUGUCAUGAACCCAGUUGCCUUAAACAGUCGUAACAUUUUUGUAUGCAUUAAAUUUUAAAAAAAAAUGGUUUUGUCUUAUUUUUGUAUUUUCAUUAAAAUUUUCAUUUUGUGGAUGACAAAAAUAUAGCCCCCAGCACCAAAAUCAGGCUGAUGCGCUCAUUAGUCCUCUCCAUU